UUUCCUAUAAAUUAAACGCUUUCUGCGCAUCAACCCUAGUUUUUCAUUUUGCAGGGGGCGGAGCAAUCACACACAUCUCGCCAUGGGAAGAAGGCCAGCAAGGUGCUACCGUCAAAUCAAGAAUAAGCCAUACCCAAAAUCACGGUUCUGCCGUGGUGUGCCUGAUCCCAAGAUUAGGAUCUAUGAUGUAGGCAUGAAGAGGAAGGGUGUUGAUGAAUUCCCAUUCUGUGUCCACUUGGUCAGUUGGGAGAAGGAGAAUGUGUCCAGCGAGGCACUUGAAGCUGCACGUAUUGCAUGCAACAAGUACAUGACCAAAUUCGCUGGAAAGGAUGCUUUUCACUUGAGGGUUAGGGUCCACCCCUUCCAUGUGCUGCGUAUCAACAAGAUGUUGUCGUGUGCUGGAGCUGAUAGGCUCCAGACCGGCAUGAGGGGUGCUUUUGGCAAGCCCCAGGGUGUGUGUGCUCGUGUGGCCAUUGGGCAGGUUCUCCUCUCUGUCCGCUGCAAAGACAACAACAGCCAGCAUGCACAAGAGGCGUUGCGUCGUGCCAAGUUCAAGUUCCCUGGCCGUCAGAAGAUCAUUGUCAGCAGGAAGUGGGGCUUCACUAAAUUCAACCGUAGUGACUAUGUGAGGUGGAAAUCAGAGAACAGAAUUCAACCUGAUGGUGUCAAUGCCAAGCUUUUGGGUUGUCAUGGUAUCUUGGGGAACCGGAAACCAGGAACUGCAUUUUUGACAGCUGUUUAAGCUGCAGAAGAUGAUAGCCUAUCAAAAUAUCGUAUUGAGCAUGAGAUCUAGACUUUAUAUGCAGACUUCGCUGUCAUAUUCUACUGCAAGUUGUUUUUCAUUUAUUUACUUUUUGACUCUUGUUGGAACCCUUGUCAAAGAAUUUUUCUUAUUUUAUGAAGAAUUUUGUGUUAA